CCAGUUAGUCCUACAACGACUUUUAUCUGAAUUCUGCUGUUUAAAUAUAUUGGGCACCACUUCACCGGCUGCACAGCAGAUGUUAAUUAGCCAGUCACACCCUUCCUCCUUCCACUCUGUUCCGUCCGCAUUAAAAAAAAAGUUUUGCAGAACAGAAGUAGGGUGAUGUGUGAUUGGAAGGAGUAGUGGGUGGGAUUGAAGAAAAAGUGCAUUUCGAUUUGGUUGAUCGACUGCAGAGGGGUGCCCAACAGACCACAGGACUCUGCUGACCUUGUCACAGCCAGUUUAGGACCAGAGAAUAACUGGUGGAUCCCCAGCUCCUGGCUCAAUUCUGAUUUCAGCCUUGUCUACUUUCAGAGUGAAAACCUUUCUGACUUCAGCCUUCAGUGCAUGAUUUUGGAAGCCUCCCAUAAGACUCAAUGGCACUUCAACCUCGCCCAAGGAAAAUUUGGAAUUAUGGAGCUUUUUGAAGAUUACAAAGCACUCACCAAAGAUGUUGGUUCUCUAGAUUUCUCUGGAAGUUCUGUUCCAUGCAAGCUGCUAAUAACAGGAGACAUGGCAUUCCCUGUCCUGGUCACUCCUAGAAAGGAUGUGCUCAUUGCUGCCUCUUAUUAUGGAAAGGGGAAAAUGGUGGUCAUUGCUCAUGAGAAUUAUCUGAAUAUGAAAGAGUUUAUGGUUUUCUUAAGGAAUUCUGUGACCUGGCUGAAACCAAACCCAAAAGCAGAAAUUGGUGUAGAUGGCAGCCUAACUCUACUAGCAGAGACACUUACUGGCUCUGGCUGUCAAGUCCAAACCAGUUUAAGCCCUGCUGAGGGCUUGGGAGUGUUCUGUACAAGUGGAUAUGAUGAUAGCCAGGCUCAGCAGAUCAUCUCAUUUGUGCGAGAGGGGGGAGGCCUGCUGAUUGGGGCUCAGGCUUGGCACUGGUCCUACAGUCACAAGCAGGAAAAUGUUCUCCACAAUUUUCCUGGAAACAAAAUAACAUCAGUUUCUGGGGUGUACUUCACUGAUAAUUAUGGAGAAAAAGGAACAUUCUGUGUGACUGAUAAUAUGCCAUGGACUCCAUUAUACACAGACUUUGACUUUUCAGCAGAUAUGAAACACCUUUUAAAUGGUGUAUCGCAGCUCGAUAUCAGCGGAUACAGCCUCCCCUCAGAUCUUCUCAUCUAUGGGGCACUUGCAUUUCCAGUUGGUGUUGCUGAUAAGAAAGAAUGUUUUCUGGGUGCUGCACACUAUGGAAAAGGGCGUGUGGUUGUAGCAUCACAUGACACCUACAUGUAUAAGCCAGAGCUGAAAACCUUUAUCCUAAAUACAAUAUCAUGGCUAGACACUGGAAAGAAAAACAAAAUUGGUAUUCAUAAAGACUUGGAAAACCUUGCACAAUUGUUAGAGAAGGAAGGCAUUUUAUGUACAAUAUCCAGCUUUAGCCCUGAGCUGAGUGUAUAUUGCUGUCCAUGGUACACCGAGGCUGAAGAAUGUGCUAUCCAUCAAUUUGUUGCAGAAGGGGGAGGCCUAUUUAUUGGUGGCCAGUCCUGGAACUGGGCCUCCAAAAACUCAGAUCUAAAUGUUGUUGCUGAUUUCCCAGGCAACAAAAUACUGAACAAAUUUGGCAUUAGCAUCUUGGACUGGAGCACCCCUCAAGGCAAUUAUAAAGCAGUCAAUCCUGAUGAAGCCACUAACCAGUAUCGGUUCCCAAAGGCACUUUCACAGCUGCAAAACGAACUAAAAAGUGAACAUGAUCUGAAACCUCCCUUUAGCACCUGGAUGUUCAAACUAAGACGAGAUAUCACCUAUUUCAUGAGGCUCCCCGCCAGUCCUAUCAUUUGCGCCAUACAGCGCCAGUUUAUAGAUAUGAUGCAGACCUGUGAGCUACCCAAGCUCAAUGGAAAAAACUGUGUGAGCAGUUGCUCGAAAGAAGCUUUAAUCCUAUCUUUGGCCCAUGAAGCUUGCAAUGUGAACCAGGAGUGCAAUGAGAAAAAUAUUAUGGAGAAUGAGCCUGCAGUCACAAUAGAAAUUGAUGCCACAAACCCAGGUUAUGAUGCAUGGAGAAGCACCGGGCUCUAUUUGUCUCCCAAAAAGACAGCAGUGCUUGUGUUUCCUGCCUCAGCUGUUCAACAGGGUCUUCAGGUCCAGGUUGGCUGUCACUCAGAUGAUUUGGGCUCUAAAGAUGAGUUUUAUCGUGCGCCGAUUGUUGUGCGGAAAAUUUCUGUUCAUAGAGAGAAGGUCCAGGUUUCCUGUUAUUGGGGAGGACUCCUUUACAUUAUUGUGAAAGAGAGGAGCAACUUGGGUACAAUCCCAGUUCAAGUGUAUGGAGCAGAACCAGCCCCAACCUAUAUAAAAGGUAAGACCAGUCUUGACUCCUGGUUGCAAUCACUCCGUGACUUGCCUCCUCCAUGGGCUGAAUUGAUUACAGAAAACAUUAUCCUGACUGUACCAUCAGAUGCUAUCCGCUCACUAAAUGAUCCAGAAGAACUACUUGGGUUUUGGGACAGAAUGAUGGUAGCUAUUACUGAGCUUGCUGCCAUACCGACAACAUUUUCUCGACCAGAAAGAAUCGUAGCAGAUGUUCAGAUCUCAGCUGGUUGGAUGCAUGCUGGAUACCCAGUCAUGGUCCACUUAGCAUCAGUCAAAUAUCUGACUAACCUUAGCUGUAUGCAAAAGGAAGGUCUCUGGGGACCAAUCCAUGAGCUUGGGCACAAUCAACAGCAAAAAGUUUGGGAGUUCCCCCCACACACUACAGAAGCCACUUGUAACCUUUGGUCUGUAUUUGUGAAUGAAACAGUUGUAGGAGUGCCCCGGGAUAAAGCUAACUCUGCUCUCGAACCAGCAAGCAGGGCUGCCUGUAUUGAGGCAUAUUUGAAAACUGGACCCAAGUUAGAAAAUUGGAAUGUAUGGACUGCACUGGAGACCUAUCUACAGUUGCAAGAAGGCUUUGGCUGGGAACCAUUCAAGCAGUUAUUCAAAGACUACCAGAGCAUGUCGGGCAUCAGUAAUGACAACAAAUCAAAGAUGAACCUGUGGGCAGAGAAGUUCUCUGAGGCUGUGCAAACCAAUCUCAUUCCAUUCUUUGAGGCCUGGGGAUGGCCCAUUGAGGAAGAAACUCGCAGUAAAUUAUCUGCAUUACCUGUAUGGGAGAAGGAUCCCAUGAAGCCAUAUCUUAGUGCAAUGAAGUCUUAAGUCCAUCGACUCUACAUCUGUUGCUAGUCAUAGGCCUUACUUUCUUUUUAUACCCAUAGCUUUUUGAUACAUGCUAUUUGGUAAACCCUGUUUGGCUUUGCAAUUUAUACUUAAAGAAUAUGCAAUAAAAAGAAUGAAGAGCAUUUAUAAACAUUUUGUGCUAUAAUAGUAUCCUUGGGGUAGAGGUAUCUUUUAUUAUGCUAAAUGUUAGAAAAUGGCUUCUCUAGUACCAGCGAAAAAACAAGUGACUGUCUAUUCCUGCACUGUGUUUGAAGGGGUCUUAGCCUAAAAGAGAUUGUUGCGCAAGUCUUCUGUGUUAGUUUAGCUUAACCCCUGUUAAAUGUUGAAUUGUGCUGGGGGAAAUGUUGAGGAAAACCUGUUUCAGCUUCUCGCAACAUGUUGUUUAAGCAUAAGGGUGUAUCUAUAAAAUCAGUAGGGAUGUGAAUGCUAAAGCCCAAACUGAAUCUGAAACCUAAUUUACAAGUGAAUAUCAGGUCAAGGAAGGGUUAAAAAAAAAAAAAAAAAAACCCCGCUAGAGUAGUGUAUAGGGGGGAAAACAUUUCUGAUCUCCUUCUCUAUGUUACCAAAAGUCACACAAUUUUAAAGGGUUCGGAUUAAGGCACUGCUGGAAAAGGCUUUGAUUUGGUCAAAUCCCAAACAGAAUCCAGGAUUUGGUGCAUCCCUACAAAUCAGCCUAUGUCAGGUUCUGUCUUCUGGUAAAAAAUGGUUCAUGACUCGCAAUGAUGUUCCAUUGGCAAAUUUAGUUUUUAAUACAGUACAAAGCUGAAUACUGCAGCAUGAUGCAUAAUGGCUCCCCCAAAUGCUAGUUAUACCUCUUAUCCAAAGGAAUGCAAACCCAACUGAGUAUUUUGUAACAUUUGUAUAAUACUGUGCUAAAAGAUUUCAAUUUGAAUUAAAAAAUUUUAAUAAGACAAAAGUUAGGUGAUGACUUCUGAAGGGCUCCUUAUAGUCAACCACUCCAGUAUUUUCUGCAGCUCAGUGGACUAGUUCACAAGUUUUAAAGAAAAGGUUUUUUGGGUUUUUUUUACUGCAAGAAAACUAGAUUAAAAAGUUUACUUUUUAUAUUCUGACAUAAAACAGACUCAUUCAAAAUUACACCUGAACAGAACCUACCAAUAGGUGUGAGUGCUCUUUUAAAAAAAAAAAAAAACUCCAUGAUGGACAAUGAUAGCAGACCCUUAACUGUGACCUUAUGGCAGCUCAGGGGGCUAUUUUGUUGUUGCUGUCCAUAUAUGCCAGCCCUGUCACUUCUGAUCAAUUUGAUUGGAUCAAUUUAAUUUUUUUUUUUAUUUUGCAAGCUCAGCACCAGAAAUGAUCUUUUAAUAUGAUUGGAUUGUGCAUGUAGAAGCAUCUUUCUUCCAUUUUAUUGAUAGGGAGCAGCAGAUGUUUCUUUAUUUCUUUUAAGUCCUACUUAAAGUCCCCAGCACAAAAGUUAUUCUUGUAUCGGGUGUGAUAAAGCAGGUUAAGAAUCUCAUGUCAUCAUGGCUCCAAGUGUAAUAUAAUGAAACAAUAAAAUCAUAUGUUAUCCUGCAUAA